AUGGCGUACCCUCCCCCUCCAGGCAUCAGCAACAGCUCUCUCCCACCGAGACCUCCCGCCUCCAAGUCAGGCUUCAAGCCCGCUUUCUCCUCCGCGGCACAGGCCGCCUCGAAGCCUGCGUACUCCAACGUCCCGCCGACGUACUCCGGCCCUUCGAGUUACCCAGCUACCACCGCUCCUCCCACAGCUCAGUAUGGCCCGUCAUACUCAUCCUACCCGACUACUGCUCCCGGCGCGGUGAGCUCGGCUGCAGCAUACUCAUACCCUCAACAACCUCAGAGUCACGGUCCACAGAGCUACGGCACACAAAGUUAUGGACCUCAAAGCUACGAACCGCAAAGCUAUGGCGCAGCACCACAGAUUAAAAAUCCGUUCCCCACGCCAGGCACAGCCGGGCCAGAAUAUAACCCGGAGAUGGCCGCGCAGAUAGCUCAAUGGCAAAGCGCAUACUCGAGCACUCCAGCAGACAACAAGGACAAGACUGCCGGUCCUGCAGGACCCCGAGCCGACGGCCAGUCUUCUGCGGCAGCAGCGGCCACCGCUGCGAACCUGGAGCGCAAGAAGACAGUCGUCCGCGAAGGUGGCGGUAAGAAAUGGACUGACGACAGCCUUCUCGAGUGGGAUCCUGCUCAUCUGCGACUCUUUGUCGGUAACCUCGCUGGCGAAACCACCGACGACGCUCUCCUAAAGGCUUUUUCGCGCUGGCAGUCUGUGCAAAAGGCUCGUGUCAUUCGUGACAAGCGUACAUCCAAAUCCAAGGGUUACGGCUUUGUCAGUUUCAGCGAUGCCGAUGAUUUCUUCCAAGCCGCCAAGGAGAUGAACGGCAAAUACAUCCAAAGCCACCCUGUGACAGUUCGUAAAGCCAACACUGAAAUCAAAGUGGCCAACGUCAAAGAGAAGGACAGGAGCGGAAAGAAGAAUAAGAACAAGAAGGGUGGCCACGGUGGUCAUGGCGGCGGCGCUGGCUACGAACCAAACUUGGGACCCCAAGGUGGCAGCGGUGUGGUCAAGCCUGGUCAAAAGACCAAGAACGGUCUUCGACUCCUCGGCUGA